CACACUGUUAUGGGAACUGUUUGAGCUUGCUGGUAGGACAAAAACAAAGCCCAGCAACAUAUGUUCUGUGGUAUCGUAGGCUACGCUUUCUUUUAUGUUCUCUUGUAAAGAUACUGCAUGGUGGGAAGGGAAUGUUUCAUAGAAGUUGAAGCUAUCAAGCUAUUUUCUUUCCGUUUUAAUUUUAAGAAUUAUGAAUUAUUCCGUCAAUGACAAUGGCUCGAACAUUUCAGAACUACUCCAACCGCUCUGUGUCACCUACAACCACAGCACUUUCCCACCUCUGCGACUGGAAUCCAAAUCCCUGGUCACUUCAGCCACUAUGUUCGCCGUUGGAGUCCUGGGGAACCUCAUUGCCAUUGUUGUGUUGUCCAUCUCAAAGAAAGAGCAGAAGGAGACCACUUUCUAUACGCUGGUUGUUGGAAUGGCUAUCACGGACCUGUUAGGCACCUGUUUCACCAGCCCAGUGGUUAUCGCCACCUACAUAGUCCAGAGGUGGCCCGGUGGAGAACUACUGUGCGAUUUAUUCUCCUUCUCUAUGCUCUUUUUCGGCUCAGCUGGAAUGUCCAUCCUGUGCGCCAUGGCAGUUGAACGAUACCUGGCCAUAAACUACGCAUACUUUUACUCUCAAUACAUUGACUGGACAAUGGCUCGUUUCGCGCUCAUGGGCAUCUACCUGGCCAACAUUGCGUUAUGCAUCAUGCCCAGCUUUGGGUUCGGGAAGCACAUGCGCCACUUUCCGGGCACUUGGUGUUUCUUGGACUGGAGGGCGACGGACCCCCUCGCCGCCUCGUAUUCGUUUCUUUACGGUGGGUUCAUGUUGCUGUUGAUUGCGGUGACAGUUCUGUGCAACUUCGCAGUGUGUCUGUCACUUGUGAGGAUGAGCCAGAAGACGCGGAUAGUGAGAGCGAAGGUGUCCGCGCACGGUGGCUCACUGCGCGGGUUCCUGCCCUCUGUCACCAGCCUGUCCGCGGCUGAGAUCCAAAUGUUCUGGCUGCUAAUAUUUAUGACCAUCGUUUUCCUGGUGUGCUCCAUUCCUUUAGUGGUGCGCAUCUUUGUAAACCAGCUGUAUGGUCCUGCCUACAUCUGUGCUGGAGUGAAACCGGAUUACCGGAGUGAUCUGAUGGCCAUCCGCUUUGCCUCUUUCAACCCCAUUCUGGACCCCUGGGUCUACAUCCUCUGUCGGAAGAACCUGUUGUUUAAGGGCUGUGAGAGGAUGAAGAAUACAGUUGGAAAAGUCAAGGCGGGGCCCGGGCCUAAUUUAGUAUUUGCUGGCACUGGCAGUCAACAUUCACACCUGUCAUUUGAAUGCACUAACGAGACCAGUUAUGUGUCAUUAUGCACAACCAACUACAGAAAUGAAUUCGAGAACCAGGUUAACACCAAAAGUAAAUCGUUUACAGACUUUGCCAUGCGACAAGCCUGGGACUUUGACACAGCGCAGGAUAACUUCCAUCCGUUUAGUGUCGACCAAACUGCCAUGCUCAGCUUCCAGGCGGAACUUGCUGUUGUGUCCAAACCGGCCAUGAUGGCUUCAAUGCCCGGAGGCAGUAAGGCGCUUCCGGCGAAUAAAGUGGACAUAGUCACCUGUACCUUCAGCACACCUAGCUCCUGUCAUUCGGAGAAGUGCCUCUGAGCAACUGCAGGACUAUGAUAUCCUCUACAAAACAUGAAUGUUUUCACAUUGACUUUAACAGCAAAUAUCUGAGAUGCUGACAGCCAGACAAACACAGGUCAUUUUCCCCAGCAAACGGGUCGUUCUAAGGAUGUCCUGGGGACCAAGACACAAGCCUUUUGACGUUCUGGGUAUUUCCUAAUGACUAACUUUUGUUUGCAGGGACCUUGAUGUAGCCUUGAUGUACCAAAUGGACCCAUUUGGACAUUUUAAGAUGCAGUUUUAAAAUUUGUAACGUGAUUCUAUUAUUAUCAUCCAUAUGGGUACAAUAGGCACCUACUUGCCUUCACGACAGAAAUCUCUUUAUACCUUUUGAAUUCAAUGAAUUUAAGAAUGUAAUUUUUACACAUUGGUCCCAUUUUAUAGGAUCUUCUUGAUAUAUUCAGAUGUCAGUCUUUGAGUAAUACAAAUAUGUUUUUUUUCUGUAAAAGGAUGCGCCCAGGUUACAACUCAAUGCUGCAGACAGUAAUGCAAUGGCUUACUCCUCGCUCACACAGACAGCGUCAUUGCGUUUUGGUACAUCAGAGGUACAUUCAUUUCCAAUGGAAUACUGCAUUUGCCUUACAGUAUUGGGUCGCAGAGGCGGUUGCAAUGCAUUCUGUGUACUGUGUGGUGCACACAUUGGAUAUAUCCAACGUAUGCAUCAAAUUGUAUGCGUAGACUUGACAGAAAUAAUAGCAAAAGGUGUUUGUUGAAAUUCUCUUGCGCACAUAUCCAGUAAAAAAGUUUAACUUCAGAAUAUAUUUCCCAGCAUUGAUGCUUUGACACUGUCGGUCUAAUUGCAAUGUUAAUUAAGUAAUUGGAAGUGUUGCUUCUUCCUGUGCCAUACCAAUGUUGCAUGCAGGGAAUAGUAACUGAAUGUACCAACAUGUCAAACUUUGUUUUUUACUGUUGAAUGUUUUUGAUGACGUAACUGUGAGUGAUGAUCAACUUUCCUAUUUAAAUGUGUUUUAAAACUAUCGGAAAAUUCA